AUGGACCUACUGUCGAAGCUUGUAGGGAGCAGCGGUGCCUCUCCAGCCAAGCAAGUAGGAUUCAACUCUCCCCAACAGCGCUCGAUCCGCUUCAAGAAGCUGCACGAUCAGCUACAGCAUAUAUGGCGCCGCAACAUAUCUACCAAGCAAGACGUCCCAAUAGAGCCAGUCUUGGCCUGCUUCGAAGACGUAAAAAAGACCCUCCAGGAUGAAGUACAAACACCGGAACCUCACCUUUGUGCACGACAUGUGUCUACAUUCCAGAUAUACUCAACGUUGAGCCAAGUGGCUUCAACGUAUCACAAUGAGCCCAUCAUCCAAGUAACGCUGGAUAUCUUGAAGAUCCUUAUCGAUUGCGAGGAGGUGGAUUUCCUAAAGGAAAAGGCCUUCGCAGACGCUUUACUUGGUUUUGUCGGUACAGUUUCUACUACAGGACCUCUGAUGGUCUCGGUAGACACAGAGGGAAGAAUCGUAGAAGUGCUGUUUGCGAUUGCUUCCAAGUUACGCCUUCAGCCAAACCUACUGCCCACCUGGUUCCGACCGAACACGACGGCAGGAGAACGAGAUCUUGGACCUCAUACAAGAAAAGACAAGGACGUCUUCCCACUCUUCUAUUUCACAUUGGACUAUGUACACCACGAUGGGAGAGUGGGAGACUUCGCUAGAACGGGGUUGCUUUACAUCAUCGAAUCGGCGUCUCAUUCCGAAGCACUGGAGAGUUGGAUUGUGGAGAGCGAUCUCGCAACCUUGAUGGCAAGUGGUUUGGGAGCGCUCUACAGCCAGCUCAGUAGGAAACUUGUCUUGUCUUUCACUAAAGACACCAUACCUGCGAUUCUAUCAUUCUCCGACACGCCUCGACCGAAGACGCCCUCUGAUGCCGAAAAGACAACUUCUUCAGACUUUCAAGCCCAUCUAUCAACAUUUCUCUCAUAUCUGGUCUUCUGGCAGGAUGUCCUCGAGCAUUGUGGCUCUGAGGAUGUCAAGCGCAGCUUGCUUGAUCAUUUCAAAUUUCUCUUCUUGCAACAACUACUCUAUCCUUCUUUGAUGGAGUCUUCAGACGCUGAUGGCGGAUCAUCCGUGGCUGUUUUAACAUAUUUGCGAUGCAUCGUAGAGUCCAUCGACAACCCUGAACUCAUACACUUGACAUUGCAGUAUUUACUGGCGAUCCCUGACAUCCCAGAAGAUGAACGUAAGCCAGCGAGACCAGCUACGCUGGCUCGUCGCCGAAAGUCGCAAACACUCGUCACAACCCUGACCCACGUUCAAGAGAAGCCCAUGCCCGACCUUUUCACUCUUGUCGACCUUGUUAUCACGAGCCUUCGAUCUCGCAACCAGCAAACGGUCACAGCAACUCUCCGACUCGUCUCUGUCAUUCUACGUAGCCAACACCAAUUUGCGGUGUCGACUAUAAUUAAGACUCAAUACUCUGGAAAUCUACCUGUCCGCACGAUAGGCGCUCAUUACAGAGAUACCGCCCUUUUAUUCUCAAUGGCCGAGGACAUUAUGUUUCAUGACGAUCUACGAGAGGCUUACGAUACACAUUUAGAAGACGCGAGGACGCUUCUUGAAAACCACUGCUGCUCUCCGUUGCUACUUGCGUUACCAGUCUCUAAAACGGCGCUACGAAACGAGAAUUCUACUCAUUUAGUGAAAGGUGGUGAUGCACUGAAUUCGCAUUCGAUAAGACCUGAUGAUCCAUUACUCCGGGCUUUGAUCUCGUUGUUGGAAAAUUUCCUUGCGAACGACAUUGCCACGAAUCUAGAUCUCACCCAAGCUCUUGCAACACUGAUUUCUUGUGGCAAUACGCGCCUGGAAAGCUGGCUCCUUCAGGAGCCUGCUGAUUACGAUGCUUCCUCCAAACAAAGCGCGGUCUCCGAUGAUGGGCUCGAUGAGUCUGACCACGAUGAUACAAUCACGCUCAACAACCACAUUGGUGAUACCAAGCAGAAUGCCGAAUCCCCCAAAAGGACUUCUCCUCCUGAGUCGUACGUAGCUAAUCAUGUUGCUUCGCCUGUGUUCGCUGCUCUAGACUCUCUGGUCCAGCAAGUCGAAACCUUCCGCCAUGACAUCCAGGAGUUCGACACGUAUCUUGCUGAGCGACGACACGUCUUUAAGGUCGGCGACGACAUUGAUAAGGAUGUAGCCAGUGGCUCCAGUGGCCCAUCGCGAAGAUCAGAAGACUCGACUAGAUCGACCCAAUCAAAGGCUGGGAAUGCCGCGCAGAUUGGUUCUAUCUCGGAGCGGCUUCUGUCUGAGAAUUCCUCAGCUAACAUAUCACGGUCUAGCUCUCCACGAGGCCGACAACUAGAUGUUCAUUCGACGCCCAAUCUUGUCGGUCGGCUGACCCAUUUUAAGAUCUCUCCGUCACCGAGCCCCUCUAGGAUGGAGUCAAGGGCGUUCUCGCCAUCGCCGCUGCGGAAAGACUCUAUCACGUCUACACCCCAAAAACGUGUCAUCACGCCCAUGGGUCCUGCAGAUGCUCUACGUCAGCAGGUGAAGAUCAGGACAAAAGACCGUAUUGAUAGGAAUCACAUGGGAGAUGUUGGAAGCAGUGAAACAAGUAGUACACGAAGCGGAUCCGUCGUGCCGGACACGCAGACUGCCGAAGAGUUCAAAGAGACCACUCUUAGUCACCUUUUGACGAACAUUAUCAUCCUACAAGAAUUCAUACUGGAACUCGCAGCUAUUAUCCAGGUUAGAGCCAGCUUAUUUGGAGAGGUCGAGUUUGGAUAA